AUGAUAUGUUGUGUUAUGCGUUAUAUUAGACGUGAUUGUUGUCGUUUUUUGCAGAAAUAUUUCCCAUCCUCGUCACCGGCAAAACUUCAAGACCUGAAGUCGACGGUGGAUUUACUCACAUCGAUUACUUUUUUUCGAAUGAAGGUGCUCGAACUGGCCAGCCCACCACGAGCAUCGAAUGUCGUUUCGGAAUGUGCGAAAGCUUGCAUGCAGGUGAAUAUUUGA